CUCGAAAGGUUCGAAUAUCUCUCGAGUACCACGAUCGUGUUAAUAGGCAGGGAGAAGGCCGGCAGGCUGUUGGGACGUCUGGUAGGCGCUCGCGAUUGCUCGUUCCGCAGGGAUUUAUCUCAACACUCCCAAAACGGCAACCCGUCGUUGUCGUGGUGCUGCCGGGGCCCCGCCGUUAGCCGCGAGAGAUCGCGAGAAGGGAGCACGGCAGAAUCGAUCGGAGGAUCAACGAGCGGAUCGGUUGCCUCCUCCGCAAACGUUACCACCGCUUCCUACGCCGCUUCUUGUUGGCGGCCAAGUGAGAUGGAGGAGAAGUCCUCGGCGCGCUUCUCGGAGUACCUGUUCGCCAAGAUGGACGGGCAGGACGUCUCGGCCUCUCAGGGUCCCCGCAAGGUGACCGCCGACACUAGGAAGUGGAUGCGGGAGAAUCUCUUGCUCAUGAUCACUUUGUCCGGUGUACUUUUUGGUGUGAUCCUUGGAUUUGGUUUGCGACCAUUGGGCCUUGGAGAAGACGCUGUGAUGCUGAUUAGCUAUCCCGGAGAACUUUUUAUGCGAAUACUGAAAUUAAUGAUUCUACCCUUGGUAAUUGCUAGCCUCAUAUCAGGUUCAGCGAGUUUGAAUGCUAGGAUGAACGGGAUGAUAGCCAUACGAACUCUCGUCUAUUUCAUACUCACGUCCUUCCUCAAUGCCGUAAUAGGAGUUAUCCUUGUUCUCGUUAUUCACCCUGGAAAUCCAGGAAUCAGAGAAUCGAUUACACCUCUGACUCACGCCAGAGCCGUCAACAUCUUGGACAGCCUUCUGGAUUUAGGAAGGAACAUGUUUCCUGACAAUCUCUUUCAAGCUGCAUUUCAACAGGCACACACCGUUUACGUUCCGAGAAAGCCACCGAUACAGAAUCAAACCGAUGGUCUAUCGGUCGAAGUGGUCGGUGAAAAGGACCUGAUCAGAGUGAUCCAAUAUAGAAGUGGUACCAACACUUUAGGCAUCGUCUUCUUUUGUCUAGUCUUCGGCACUUUCCUAGGUACCCUUGGUGAGAAGGGUCAGGUUGUGAUAGAUUUCUUCAAGGCUGUUUUCGAGGUCAUUAUGCGAAUGGUCUCCACUGCGAUGUGGGUGACGCCAGUAGGUAUAACUUCGGUAAUAGCCGGGAAAAUCCUCGGUGUGGACGAUCUGGCGCUGGUAAUGUCGCAGCUAGCUUGGUUCAUCGUCACGAUCGUGAUCGGUGUCUUUUUCUAUCAGCUGGUGGUGAUGCAGCUGAUCUACCUGGCCUUCGUGAGAAAGAAUCCCUUUAGAUUCUACGCCGGCCUCGCCCAGGGUACACUCACCGCCUUCGCCAUGGCAUCAACGGCUGCUGCACUCCCCGUUACUUUUCGACUGAUGACCGAGAAGCUCAGGGUCGAUCCCAGAGUCACCAGAUUCGUCCUCCCGAUUGGGUGCAACAUCAAUAUGGAUGGUACCGCACUCUUCGUCGCGGUGGCAAGUAUCUUCAUCGCUCAGAUGAACGGGAUCAUUUUGGGUUUCGGGGAGAUCAUCACGGUUAUUUUAACAUCCACAGCAGCAUCCGUUUCUUCAGCUUCGGUUCCAAGUGCAGCUCUAGUUUUAUUACUAGUUGUUUUGAGUGCCAUUGACGUACCCGUUCAUGACGUUUCUCUUCUCUUUGCUAUUGACUGGUUUGUAGAUCGUAUAAGGACGACCAAUAAUAUGUUAGGAGAUUGUUAUGCAGCCGCUGUAGUAGAACAAUUGUCCAAAAAAGAAUUAAUGGCAUUGGAUGCAGCAGCUUAUCAGUCUGAAACAGUACUGCCCACAACUUUAGCCAAUGGAUGCAUCUCGGCUAACAGGGUACCCGAUCCUGAUACUAUCGUCGUUGAAAUGCAAGACGACACGAGGAUAGCCGGCAUCGCCAACAUCAGUGUACUACCAAUACCGCGAAGCGUAACAGAGGAGACCGUUUGACUAAUGGCCCAUUUCGCAAGACAAUUUAAAAUGGUAUACCUACGAGGUAUGCCGAUGAAAUGAGAAAAGAAAACAAUGGCGAGGUUAAUAUUAGGCACGCCAGUGCCUUUUCUCUUCUUUAUUAUCUAUUUAUUUUACUAAACAACGUUAUCAACUUCUCAAUCCCAAAAAUGUCGAUAGAGACACUCUGCUAGGACACUCGAUGACUUUGAAACGUCACGGAAUUUAGAUAUCUCCAUUUCCGAGAGUUAAGUGAGCAAAGUUUGAGACUGAGAUUCGAUCGACCACAGAGGGAGAAUAAAAGCAAGACGAUUAAAAAGAAAAAAACUGAGAAAAACGAAAAAGAAAAGGAGUCAAUAUCGUAUCGGAACGCGUGUGCGUUUGCGGUACAAGAGUAGCAAUAAAAUGUUUGAGAUACGUAAGUUUACAGAAAAAUGCGCUUCUAGUUAGGAGCACCGAAGUGCAGAAGUUCGAUGAUUCGCGCGCGUAGAAAAAUCUCGCUCGUAUGCUACGAAGGUGUUGUUUUCUUCUGUUCACGUUUCUUCUUCUUUAAUUGUUUCUUUGUUUCUUUGUCUGUUCUUUUUUGUUUGGUUUUUUUAAACGAAACGUUAGUCAAAACGAUAAAGACGAUCGACAAUUUUGCUCGUAAAUCGUGGGAGAAUAGUUUUGUCGACAUCGUGAAUAUUAGUAGUUUCACUUAACAAGUGAUCAUUCGCAUCGUCGAAUGUGGUGCCUUAAUUUCGAUGCGCCCUCGGAUUAGGUGCGAUGAAAGUAAAGCGCGUCGUUGAUGUAUUCUUUUUCUUCGUACGUCAUUCAUAUUAAUUCCUUGAAAUAUUUUCUGCAAUGUUCGUGUAUCAUCGAAUACGAUGAUCAAGCAGUACUUUGUAUUAGUCAUCGACGUAUGAUCGAUCGAUCUUAGUCAAUGACGCGAGCGAAGUCGUAUUAGUGGUAAAAAUUUCAUCACGAGUUCGACGAAAGUGAGAUCGAAAGUGUAGUGAGAGUGAUAUAAGAUUUAAAUAUUUAACGAGUAGCGUUUUCUGCGUGUUAAACGUUAGCAUCAUCGAACCUUUAAAAUCAUUUAUAUGCAUACACACAUGUAUUUCGCUCCUUGUGAGAAAAUAAUGAUUAAUGCACCGUAUUAGGGGUUGUAAGUAGAUAUCCUAAGAUAUUAAAGUUCGUUGUAAUUACAUAUCCACGAUGCUAGUCGUGUAACAUAAAAGGUGCUAUGAGAUGUUAAGCACGACGUUGUUUCUCACGAAGAGAUUAGUGAGCUUUUUUCUGUAGUGUUCGCGUCAUUGACUAUGAAUCGAUGUCUGUAUAGAAAAAAAAAGUAAGGGACAUGAUAAUCAAAAAGAAGAUAAGAAGACAGACGUUGAUUUUUUACGUUCUCGUCGAUCGAUCGAUCGAUAUACGACGAGACAAAAGAUAAAAUACUGAUGCAGGUAUAAAACGUCAUAUCGCGCAUUUCGCGUUAAUUGUUGUCAAAUUAACGAGUGUAUCAUACAACGUGUUCUCUAUCAUUUUCGAGACCCUUUACAGUCCUCGAUUACUUCGGGGUAACUUGCGAGUAUCGAUCUUGGAAGAAAAAGAGGGAAAGUAAAAAUACUUUUAAUAUAGGCAACCGAAAGAGAUGCUUCGAGUGCAUCUUAUUGAGUCUCCUCAAAGAAAAGUUGUUCAUAUUGCUUCGAACUUUCACGAGUGACGAUGUGAUGAACGACGAUCAAUCAAGAUAAUAAUUCUGUCUCACUUUUGUAAUUAGAGUGGUUCACAGUAAGACAGUUCGCCUUCCAAUAAAAUAUAUAUAUAUGUAUAUAUAUAUAUAUAUAUAUAUAUAUAUAUACACAUAUAUAUACACACAUAUACACAUAUACAUACAUAUAUACAUGUAUAUACAUGUAUAUAUAUAUGUAUAUAUAUAUAUGCACAUACAUACAUACAUACAUACAUACAUCGUUUAAACGAAAAAACAAUAUAUGCAUCCCACUUUUGUCAUCGUUCACGAGUUAUCGAGGAAAGUGUCGUUAGUGUUUCGUCCGAGAACAGAAAACCAUUGCAAUUUUUAUCUCGAUGUUAAAAGAGAGAAAGAGAGAGAGCAAGAGAGAGAGAGAGAGAGAAAGAGCGAGAGAAAUGGAGCGAAAGGGAGAGAGAGAAAGAGAGAGAGAGAAAGAGAUAGAGUGAGAGUGAGGGAGAGAAAGUUAAUUAGUUAGGUCCCUCAAUGGACCGAUAAUCAAGACUGGACACGCCAUACGAUAAAUAUUAUCGUCUUUUUCAUCGGCAUAAUAUAUUAUUAUGGGUAAACGAUUCCUACAAGGUUUCGCUAAUUUUAGACAAAUUAAAUAGGUAGGUCGAUACGUGUUUUAUCGUAGAGGCUGUUUCAAUGUACAAACUAUUUCGAGUAUGUAGCAUUUACGUAGGGACGUACGUUGUCUAAUCCGUACGGACUUGAAAAGAGGCGAGUUCGACUUUUCCUAUUUUUUCUUUCUUUUUUUUUUUUCCUAUCUUUAUGAAACUUCAAAUGCGAGCUGGCCAACGAUUUGUACCAUAAAACGCUUUACCGGUGUACACGGUAUUGAUUAGAGACCAAUGAUCACUCCUUUUUGUCACACUUUGAAGGCUUCGAUAAUUUUAGAUACAAUAAAGCCGGUGUUUCGCUCGAUCGAUUUCUUCAUUUGUUUAUUGACACAUCUUCGCACGUUUAGCUGCUAAAUCAAGAUUAUUUGACGUAAUUCCUUUUACGCUCGCGUGCAGAAUAACCGGAAGAGAUAAAAGAACAAUUUCGUUCUGUCUGUGUUCGUAAAAUGAAUAAUUUAAAAUAUACUAAUACAACAACCAAAAAAGAAAACAAAAUAACUAAAUAAAUUAUCAAAUUAUCAAGGUAUCCAAAGACUACGUGUUAAUAUAGAUAUAACAUCUUAACGUGUUGUAUAAUAAAAUGCAGGUUUAUACGUGGAGAAAA